GCUCUUUCCCCAUCUGAAUAAUUCCAUAACUUUUGGGACCUCACAGAAGUUUUGCGUAACUGUGUGAACAGUGUAUGAUGGAGGACCCCUACAGGGAGAGGACUUCUCUGGCCCGCGGCGCUCGGGACAUCGCCAAAGAAGCCAAACGGCACGCGGUCAAAAAGGCCAACAAGGUCAUGGAUCGCGCCUCUGACGAGUACUCGGGACGCUCCUACAGUCGCUUUGAGAACGAUGAGGAUGAGGAGGACGACCGCUACUACUACCAGGACGGGCAGGUCCAGCAGCGUGAGGAUGACGAAGGCUCCAGCGAUGCCACAGAAGGUCACGACGAUGAAGACGAGAUCUAUGAGGGCGAGUACCAGGGCGUGCCGGCCGAGGGCGGGGGUCAGAUGGCGAUGGGCCGGCCGGUGUCGGACGGACUGAAGGACAGGAGGGAGCUGGAGAAGGAGCGCGAGGCGGAGGAGGAGGAGCUAGCGCAGCAGUAUGAGCUGAUUAUUCAGGAGUGCGGGCACGGCAGGUUCCAGUGGCAGCUGUUCCUGGUGCUGGGGCUGGCGCUCAUGUCCGACGGCGUGGAGGUGUUCGUGGUCGGAUUCGUCCUGCCCAGCGCUGAGACCGACAUGUGUGUGCCCAACUCUGGAGCAGGGUGGCUGGGUAGUAUUGUGUACCUGGGGAUGAUGGUGGGAGCGUUCUUCUGGGGCGGUUUGUCGGAUAAAGUGGGCAGACGGCAGUGCCUGCUGGUGUGUAUGUCUGUCAACGGCUUCUUCGCCUUCCUGUCCUCGUUCGUGCAGGGCUACAGCACGUUCCUCUUCUGCAGGAUGCUCUCGGGGUUUGGGAUUGGUGGGGCGGUGCCCAUCGUGUUUUCGUACUUUGCGGAGUUCCUGGCGCGGGAGAAGCGCGGUGAGCACCUGAGCUGGCUCUGCAUGUUCUGGAUGAUAGGUGGCAUCUACGCCUCCGCUAUGGCCUGGGCCAUCAUCCCCCACUACGGCUGGAGUUUCAGUAUGGGCUCUGCGUAUCAGUUCCACAGCUGGAGAGUGUUUGUGGUGGUGUGUGCGCUGCCGUGUGUGUGCGCGGUCGUAGCCCUCACCUUCAUGCCUGAGAGUCCUCGCUACUACCUGGAGAUGGGGAAGCAUGAUGAGGCCUGGAUGGUGCUGAAACAGAUCCACGACACCAACAUGCGCGCACGCGGGGAGCCGGAGAAAGUAUUUACUGUGAACCGCAUAAAAAUCCCUAAGCAGCUGGAUGAGCUGGUGGAGAUGCAGUCCGAGUCAGCGAACCCAGCAACUAAAGUGCUCUUCCGUAUCCGGAAUGAACUCCGCGGGAUCUGGCUGACCUUCCUAAAGUGCUGGGAUUACCCUGUGAAGGACAACACAGUGAAGCUAGCCAUAGUGUGGUUCUCUCUGUCUUUCGGGUACUACGGCCUGUCGGUGUGGUUUCCUGAUGUUAUAAAGCACCUGCAGGCAGACGAGUAUGCAUCGCGUGUGAAGAACCACAGGAAUGAACGCAUUGAAGACUUCACCUUCAACUUCACACUGGAGAACCAGGUCCACUCUAACGGACUCUUCAUCAACGACAGGUUUGUCGGUAUGAAGUUUAAAUCGGUCACCUUUAAAGACUCCACCUUCCAGAACUGUUACUUUGAGGACGUCACUUCGCUCGGCUCCUUCUUCAAAAACUGCACCAUCAUAGACACCUUCUUCUACAAUACAGAUAUUGACGACUCAAAAUUCAUCGGUUCGUCAGUGAUCAACAGCACAUUCGCUCACAAUAAAACGGGCUGUCAGAUCACGUUCGAUGAUGACUACAGCGCCUACUGGGUCUACUUCAUCAACUUCCUGGGGACCCUGGCCGUGUUGCCGGGCAACAUAGUCUCCGCGCUCCUCAUGGACAAAGUUGGGCGCUUGAGCAUGUUGGGGGGUUCCAUGGUGUUGUCCGGUAUCAGUUGUUUCUUCCUGUGGUUCGGCACCAGUGAGUCGAUGAUGAUCGCCAUGCUCUGCCUUUAUAACGGCCUGAGUAUAUCUGCCUGGAACUCACUGGACGUGGUCACGGCAGAGCUGUAUCCCACUGACAGGAGGGGCACUGGUUUCGGGUUCUGUAAUGCUAUGUGCAAGCUGGCCGCCGUGUUGGGUAAUCUGAUUUUCGGCUCAUUGGUGGGCAUCACUAAAGCCAUCCCCAUCCUGCUGGCUUCAAGCGUGCUGGUCUGCGGCGGCCUCGUCGGACUGCGACUCCCGGACACCCGCGCCAACGUCCUCAUGUGAC